UACUUUCUCUAGUUUAUCAUCAGCAAGUCAUCAAACAAAUCAAGCACUACAAUCAACAAUUUAAAAAAUCCUCUGUUUUCUUCAAACAAGAAAGCUUCCAAAAAUGUCUCUGAUUCCAAGCUUCUUCAGUGGUCGUAAGAGCAACAUCUUCGACCCAUUUUCCCUUGACUUAUGGGAUCCAUUCGAGGGCUUCCCAAUUUCAACCAAUGCCCCAUCAUCUACUCGUGAAAUCUCUGCUUUUGCAAAUGCAAAAAUCGAUUGGAAAGAGACCCCAGAAGCUCACGUCUUCAAAGUGGACGUUCCGGGGAUAAAGAAAGAGGAAGUGAAAGUUGAAGUGGAAGAAGGAAGGAUUUUACAGAUUAGCGGUGAGAGAAGCAGAGAGCAAGAGGAGAAGAAUGAUCAGUGGCACCGUAUGGAGAGGAGCAGCGGUAAGUUUAUAAGGAGAUUCAGACUGCCGGAGAAUGCAAAGACGGGAGAAAUAAAGGCAGCGAUGGAGAAUGGGGUGCUCACUGUGACUGUUCCUAAAGAAGAAGAGAAGAAAAAAUCUGAGGUGAAGGCCAUUGACAUUUCUGAUUAAACACAAGUGCAGUGCAGAUCAAAAGUCCUUUUGUCAAUAAUGUUUGUUUUCCUAAGUAUUUUGGUUUGUUGGGAAAU